AACUGCACAGGCUCUGAUGCUUGCGCUGAUUUCAGUGUGUGAGAACAAUGUUAAUCUGUGUGAGUGUUUCCUCUCCUCUCUGCCUGAUCUGAGUGCACGUCAGCAGCACCUCGAGCCAAGAAAAAAGUCUUUUUUUUGAGAGUGUCUCCUUCUUGGACUGAAUCACCCCCCCCUCUCCCCCUCCCGCAGGAGAAACUGGGACCUUCCAGCUCUGAGAUGUCUUUUGAGAGUAGGAUAAACCAGAGUGCAGAUUGUUAAUAUAUUUUUUUUCUUCUUCCUGCAUUUCUGACCUUGUUCUCUGCUUCCACUCCUCUUUUGGGAGGCAGCACAUCUCUCUUCCAGGGACGCUGCGCCUAGUCUUUGACAAUGAAGUUCAACUUGUUCAGGCCACAGGCCGUGGCGGCCGCUGAGCCCACCGGUGUCACCACCGUAACCAUGGCUCCCACUCCGGCUGUCAUCUCCACCUCGGUGCCGGACACCUCUGGCUCCAACAACACCGAGAUCAGCAAGAACGACAUGUUUGAGGAGAUCAAGAGCAAAUUCCUAAACGAAAUUGAUAAAAUCCCGUUGCCGCCUUGGGCUUUGAUCGCCAUCGCCGUGGUGGCCGCGUUGCUCAUCCUCACCUGCUGCUUCUGCAUAAUCAAAAAAUGCUGCUGCAAGAAGAAGAAGAACAAAAAAGGGAAGAAGGGCAAGGAUGGCUUCAACAUGAAGAACAUGCAGGGCGAGAUACACCAGGACGACGAGGAUGAUGACGAGGGAGAGACCGGACUAACAGAGGAGGAGAAAGAGGAAGAGGAGAAAGAAGAAGAGAAACUGGGGAAGCUGCAAUAUUCUAUAGAUUAUGACUUUGAAAAUGCAAAGCUCACAGUUGGCAUCCUUCAAGCUGCGGAUCUCAUAUCCAUGGACUCAGGUGGAACCUCCGAUCCUUACGUGAAAGUCCAGCUUCUGCCUGAGAAGAAGAAAAAGUUUGACACCAAAGUCCACAAGAAAACACUGAACCCUGUCUUCAAUGAGACAUUUGUAUUCAAGGUGCCCUACGAGGAGCUCGGUGGGAAGACUCUGUCGAUGUCUGUUUAUGACUACGAUCGAUUUUCCAAACAUGACGUCAUUGGAGAGGUGAAGAUUCCCAUGAACACCAUCGACCUCGGAAGGCCGAUCGAGGAGUGGAAGGAUCUGGAAAGCGCAGAUCAAGAAGAGCCUGAGAAACUGGGAGACAUCUGCAUCUCCCUCCGUUAUGUCCCCACCGCCGGGAAACUCACCGUCUGCAUCCUGGAGGCAAAGAACCUGAAGAAGAUGGACGCCUGUGGAUUAUCUGAUCCUUAUGUGAAGAUCCAGCUGUUGCAGGGGGGUAAGCGUCUGAAGAAAAAGAAGACUACAGUGAAGAAGAACACCCUCAACCCCUACUACAAUGAAUCCUUCAGCUUUGAAAUCCCCCUGGAACAGAUGCAGAAAAUCCUGGUGGCGGUCACAGUGUUUGAUUAUGACAAGAUCGGUAAGAAUGACGCCAUUGGAAAGAUCUUCGUGGGCAGUAAGGCGAGUGGCCUAGGUCUGAAGCACUGGUCCGACAUGCUGGCUAAUCCCCGCCGCCCCAUUGCCCAGUGGCAUCCAUUGCAGCCAGAGGAGGAUAUAGAUGGUCAGCUAGCAUCAUUGAAUGCAAAGAAGUAACACGCUCCCAUACCAGCUAAUGUACUAACUCAGAGUUCCAACCCGCGCCCCUACUUUGCAUGAAACCCAUGACUUAACACGUGACGACUCGUCAUGAAACCUGCUCAGCAAAAAAGACACAUCUUAGAAUAUCCGCUCAUUCAUGGUUAAGUCGCAAAAAAACUCUUUUUAAGCAUCACAUUUCACAAAUUAGUGUAUGCUGAGAAGAGUGGCGUUGAGUUAUCGGGUGACUGGUUCAUGAACGAUCGACUGUUGGUCCUUCUUUCAUUUGAAGAAACUUAGAAACUGAUUCUUAGGGUGCUGACACUGAACGAAAGUCUUGGAAGACAAAGCUGGAAAUGAAGCUUUAGUUUAGUUUAUAGAGCAUGCUUUACUUACCUCCCCAUGGCUCUGCAUAAACCACGCCCAGUAUUGUAUCUCGCUAUUAAGUGUGCUUUUACCUGUAAUAGAAAGUAUUGUAGUAUUGGGUUAUUUCCUGCAUAGAGUCUGUUUUAGCCUAUUGAUGCAAAGAUAUUUAAUUGAGAAUGAAUGAAGUCAAGAUCACUGAAUGCAGAGAUCCAUGUUGCAAUAUAUUUUUAAGAUAAAUCUGCAUGAAUGAUUGUCUUCAUUUUAGCAGCUCACAUUUGAGAGGGAUACACAAACAGUAGCCUACGUAACACAGUGUGCAGCUGUCUAUUCUGAGUUGCUUGUUUUGUGUUGCCAUCAAGGCAAUGCAUCUAUGCAUUUAGUUCCAACACACAUCUCUGUGUCUUCAGACAGAUCUAAUGUAGGACGGGAAUACAAGGGUGCCUUUCCUGAUUUGACACUUUGAGAAAGAAAGUAAGCUUCAUUGUUUUAUUUCAAAGGGAAACUUUUGAAAAUCAUUCAGAAGUAGUCAGGGACACUGUGAAUGUGCCAUGUGGAAUCUGUCUUGAGCUGGGUUGACCACUUGGAUGUAAAACCUUACUUAUCUGUGGACUAAGUAAGGCUACAUAAAGGCUUAUCAAUGAUGUUUAAACCAAUUAUGACUAAGCUUCUUUUAAAUUCUGCUUUUGCUUGCGAUAAACAGUGCCAUCUCACUCAUUUUUCUGUUGAUAUCCACUUAACGGAUUACAUGUCUUUCUUUGACGGCUGUUGUAGCUUAACAAACAUACUGCAGUACACUUCAGUACACCAAUAUUUAUUUGGUGGAGCAACAGGAGGAUUUUUGUCAAAGACAAGAUUUUUUUGUAAAGAACAGAAAUUUGAAAUGUAGAAGAUGUACCCGUACUUUUUAAGAGUGAUUUUAAGUACAAAAUGCAAGAUUGUAGAAUCUCAACAGGGCAAGUGUUACAUAAAAAACAUUUAACACAAUACACAUAUGUUGGACCAUUUUGCUGCAGAAUCUAGCAUGUAUCAUGCCUCGCAGUAUUUCAUGUUUAGAUCUCUCACUCAACGGCCAAAUGCUUUGUAAACCUUGGGCCAAAGUUCUGCAACAUAGUGGUGGUUACAACUUCAUCACAACGUAAACGCUGUUAGACUGGUGCAGAGCUACGGAGGUAAAAAAAGCCCAUAAGGAUUUGAGUCUUAUAUGUAACUAAUCGUAAAGUUUCAUUACUACUAAAUACCUAAUGUUGGAAUUUGAAUACUUCUGGAGUUACAGCAUUGACAAUUUUAACUUGGAGAACUAUUUGAAUUCAUGUGCUUUGAAAUUUCCACCUUGAAAUCUCAAAGACAACAUUGCUUUUUAGAUGACUUCACAUUAAAAAACUGUAAACAAGUUGCUCAAAUUCAGUUGGGUAACUUUUUCAUCUAGGCACUAAAAUUCAGGAUGAAAACUUAAAAUUUGGAAAACGUUGGCUACCAAAGCAAAACUAAUAUAUAAAAAAUCAAAAUGUUAGUUUCUAGGAGGAAAAUAUAGACACAGAAUAGUUUUUUAUUUAUUCUCACAAUAACUAAUAGUUAGAAAACUACAUUGUAGCAGUAUCUAUAUUUCUAUAACAUGCUGUUUCAUGCAAUCGACUAAGGAGAAGCUCAGAUGAGAGAUGGGACAUUCAGCACACUUACAUUGUCAAUCAUAAUUUGUGAA